UUUUUUUAUUAUUUUAAUUUCUGGUUCAAAUAUCCUUAGUGAUGUAUAGUCCUCGGCUGGUCACUGCAUGAAUUCUAACAAACCUCGGUUUCUUUCAGCCAGGAUUGGCGUUUCACUCUCGCGUUCCCAUUUAACUCCAUCGGGAUUGGACAUGUGCUCGCGACGAACGAACGGGCAUCGUGCAUAGCAGUGUCGCCACUAUAGUUAAAAUGAAAGGCGCUUAAUUGUUGUCUAUAAUAUUGCCGCGGCAAACGUACUAAAUUUAAGAAUGAUAGUUUCAGUAUUUCCUGAACAGCUGUCAGUGCUAGACAACUGAAUACACGCGACGACCGCUAUCAUGAGGCGAGAAUGAUCCUCAAUUAUUGAAUGCCCUUAAAACUAAAGGUUUUCUCACCUUCGUGUAAUCCACUUUUUUUUCUAUUCUUAUUUUUUUUCUUUUAUAACGUAAAUUAUUAUUACAAAAAUUUAGUGUAGUGCGAUUUUUGGUUUUCUGCUGCAUCGUCAGGAACGUUCUUUGGAUUUACGAAAAUGGUGACGAGAAUUUCAACGACAGUUUUACUAUGUUUCUUCGUACUGUGGAUUGGAUGCACCGAAAAUGCAGAAGGUGCAAGAAAAAGAUUUCGACGGCCAACAACAUCGAGUCCUUCGCUGACAAAUGAUCAAGAAGUUUCUGCGAGUGUUAAUAGGCCAAAAUUAACUCGAAAUCGCGUCAGCACGAAGAACACGAAAAAUGAAUUGCAGCCUGGAAAGCCGAUAGACGAUUACAAGAUUGUGUGUUAUUACACAAAUUGGUCGCAGUAUCGGACAAAGGUGGGGAAAUUCAUGCCUGAAGAUAUCCAGCCAGAUUUAUGUACACAUAUUAUCUUCUCUUUUGGUUGGCUCAAGAAAAAUAAGUUGACCAGCUUUGAAUCGAACGAUGAGACAAAAGAUGGAAAAGUUGGUCUUUACGAAAGGAUAAUGACACUGAAAAAAGCGAAUCCCUCGCUCAAGAUUCUUCUAGCUAUUGGUGGAUGGUCUUUCGGUACACAAAAAUUCAAGGACAUGUCUGCGACUCGAUAUGCGAGACAAACCUUUAUUUACAGUGCCAUACCUUAUUUAAGGGACAGAGAUUUCGACGGAUUGGAUAUUGAUUGGGAGUAUCCGAAAGGCGGGGAUGAUAAGAAAAAUUACGUCUUAAUGUUAAAAGAACUUAGAGAAGCUUUUGAGGCCGAAGCUCAAGAGAAGAAGAAACCGCGAUUAUUGCUGACUGCCGCUGUACCCGUUGGACCCGAUAAUGUUAAAGCUGGUUACGACGUUCCAGCAGUCGCCAGUUAUCUUGAUUUUAUAAAUCUGAUGGCGUACGAUUUUCACGGCAAAUGGGAGAGGGAAACUGGACACAAUGCCCCGCUUUAUUCAUCAUCACUGGACUCAGAAUGGCAGAAGCAAUUGAGCGUCGAUAACGCGGCAUCAAUGUGGGUUCGAUUGGGAGCACCGAAAGAAAAACUUAUUAUUGGAAUGCCCACAUAUGGACGUUCUUUCACUUUAUCUAAUCCCACCAACUUCAGAGUUCAUGCCCCAGCCAGUGGCGGUGGAAAGGCUGGAGAAUAUACAAAGGAAUCUGGAUUCCUUGCCUAUUACGAGAUAUGCGAGUUGUUGCAAAAUGGUGCAGCCUAUGUCUGGGACGAGGAGAUGAAAGUGCCUUACUUAGUGGAUCACGAUCAAUGGGUAGGUUUCGAUGACGAAAGAUCCAUCAGACACAAGAUGCAUUGGAUCAAGGACAAAGGAUAUGGUGGAGCCAUGGUGUGGACUGUCGACAUGGACGACUUCAAUGGUACAGUUUGCGUGGGAAAUGUCAAAUAUCCCUUAAUUGGUGCUAUGAGGGAGGAAUUGCGGGGCGUUUCUCGCGGCGUCAAUACCAAAGAUGUGGACUGGAGUGCAGUCGCCACUACAAUCACUGAGACAAUAGUGAAAAAACCCGAACCUUACAAGAUUUCACUUGCCGAGGUUCUCAGUAAGUCAAAGAAAGUCCAAAAGCCCACGCAAUUGGUCAUCAGUACUCCAAGUCGAGAAAGGGAAGCUCAAACCAUUUGUUAUUUGACAAAUUGGUCUCAUAAACGACCAGGAAUGGGAAAAUUCCUACCUGAGGAUAUUGAUCCCACUCUAUGUACCCACGUAAUUUACGCCUUUGCUACUUUGAAAAAUCAUUUGCUCUCCGAAGGCAACGACAAAGAUGUGGAAAUGUAUAAACGUUUGAUUGAACUGCGCGAAAAGAAUCCCGACAUCAAGAUUCUUCUGGCAAUCGGCGGCUGGGCUUUCGGUUCCACUCCAUUUAAGGAACUCACUGGCAACACUUUCCGCAUGAAUCAAUUCGUCUACGAAGCCAUUGAAUUUCUCAGAGAAUACAAAUUUGAUGGUUUAGACGUUGACUGGGAAUAUCCGCGUGGCGCUGACGACCGAACAGCGUACGUGAAUUUAUUAAAGGAAUUAAGAAUGGCUUUUGAGGGAGAGGCGAAAAGUUCUGGAGAACCGAAACUUAUUCUUUCUGCUGCUGUGCCUGCUAGUUUUGAAGCAAUUGCCGCGGGAUAUGACGUUCCGGAAAUAUCCAAGUAUUUGGACUUCAUUAACGUCAUGACGUACGACUUUCAUGGUCAAUGGGAAAGGCAAGUUGGACACAAUAGUCCACUGUUUCCACUUGAAAGUGCCACGAGCUAUCAGAAGAAACUAACUGUGGACUUUAGUGCUCGUGAAUGGGUUAAACAAGGAGCUCCGAAAGAAAAAUUAAUGAUUGGUAUGCCAACCUAUGGUAGAUCGUUCACACUAGUCGAUAAGGAUAAAUUUGACAUUGGUGCUCCAGCUUCGGGUGGUGGAACUGCAGGAAACUUUACCAACGAACCUGGCUUCUUGUCUUACUAUGAGGUUUGCAGCUUCUUGAACGAAGAUAAUACAACUUUGGUAUGGGAUAGCGAACAGCAAGUACCGUUUGCUUACCGAGACGAUCAGUGGGUCGGAUUCGAUGACGAAAGAAGUCUUGUAAAUAAGAUGACAUGGUUGAAAGAAGAAGGCUUCGGCGGUAUUAUGAUCUGGUCAGUAGACAUGGAUGAUUUUAGAGGAAGUUGCGGAACUGGCAAAUAUCCUUUAAUCAAGGCCAUGAAGAAGGAACUUUCAGAUUAUAACGUUAAAUUGGAGUACGACGGUCCCUACGAGGCAAAUAUCAGAAGCGGAAAAUACACAACAAAGGAUCCGAAUGAAGUCACUUGUGAUGAAGAAGACAAUCAUAUUUCCUAUCACAAGGACAAGAACGACUGCACUAUGUACUACAUGUGUGAGGGAGAACGGAAGCAUCACAUGCCCUGUCCGGCAAAUUUGGUCUUCAAUCCCAAUGAGAACGUCUGCGAUUGGCCCGAAAAUGUAGAAGGUUGUCUUGAACACACUCAGGCCCCUCCGGUCUGA